AUGGCGUCCAAAAAGGACGGUGACACUCUUUUACAUUUAGCUGUUCAAAGAAAAAAUAUAGAAUUAGUCAAAUUGUUAUUAGAAAGAACAACCAUAGAUCCAGCGGAAAAAAAUAAGGAUGAAGAGAAACAUUGGACUGAAGCUAUCCGGAUACUCCAUCUGAGAGUUAUUCCCCCUCCCCUUAUGUUAAAGAUUACGAGUAUGAACGGUGACACUCUUUUACAUUUAGCUGUUCAAAGAGAACGUAUAGAUUUAGUCAAAUUGUUAUUAGAAAGAACAACCAUAGAUCCUGCGGAAAAAUAUAAGGACGGUGACACUCUUUUACAAUUAGCUGUUCAAAGACAAAAUAUAGAAUUAGUCGAAUUGUUAUUAGAAAGAACAACCAUAGAUCCAGCGGAAAAAGAUAAGUACGGUAACACUCUUUUACAUUUAGCUGUUCAAGGAGAACGUAUAGAUUUAGUCAAAUUGUUAUUAGAAAGAACAACCAUAGAUCCAGCGGAAAAAAAUAAGGCCAACAAAACACCGAUUGAGAUUGUCAAUAGAAGGUACUGGUUUUCGGAAAAGGAAAAAGAAGAAAUACGAGAACUUCUGAAGUCUUCAAUGGCCAAAGACAAAAGUGACCACAAAGACACUGCUACAGUUAUGCAACAAGACGAAACACUACAAGAGACGUCUGAAAAUGAUAGAGUAAACCUUGAUAACGCAUUUCCCUUUGCUGGCACCUCUGAAGAAUUUCUCAAACUGCUAUCCACUGGCACAUAUGAGUCGUUUGAAAAUAGGGUAUUCCUUUGUGGAAGUUGUGCAUGUGGAAAGUCCACCCUAGCAAGUGUUCUUAUUGGUAGCCCAAUACCGCGUACAUGGCAAUCAACAGAUGGAUUAGUCAUACACUUUGGGCGUAACGGUAUCAACUUGGAAACGUUUGAGAUGGUUCCCUUACAAGGAGAAGACAGAGGUCAAAAUGUACUGACGAAAGUUAUAAUCGGUAAGCCAUCUCGUGAAACAAGCACAUGUCAAAGUUCUGAUACCCACCUGGACCAGCACGUUGCGCCAUCACCAAUUGGAACUGAUAAUCUGGAAUUAAAUUUAAUGGAUAUAAGGAACGAAGCCAGUUACAGUUCCAAAGUUUCUCAACUAUCCGAUGCUUGUUUAACAAAAUCUCAAGAUUUACCGAGUACAAAUACCGUCAGAUCUAAAAUGAAAAACACGCCUUCAAUUAGUCUGCCAAAAACAAAGAAAAUUGAAGCAUACGCUGUACAUGAAGACAUUUUGAAAGAGGUUAAGAGUGGUCAAUACAAAAUCAAGAUUGCCCCUUCAGAUCUGGUUGACUUUGGUGGUCAACGAUCGUAUGAUAUGACCCAUCAGUUAUUUGUUCAGCACGGUGGGACAUUUGUCAUUAUGUUUGACGGUAGUAGAGAUUUUCAUGAACCACUGAAGGAAUAUCCUACGGGAGAUAUUUCUAAUGAAUCUAUUGUGCGACAUUGGGUCAACUCAAUACUCACCUACUGUGUUGAUGAUAGUGAUGUUAUGCCAAUGAUCGUGUUUGCUGCAACACAUAUUGACCUGCUUCCGGAGGAUUUACAGAAAAAAAUGAAAGCCAAUUUUGUAAAGAAAGUCACUGACAUGUUUGGUAGCCAUGAAAGGAAGAAACACUUCGUCUUCGAUCCAGUUUUCUUCAUUAACGGUACAGACAAAAACGACCAGGAAAUUCAGAAUUUGAAAAACCAACUUGUUACUAUUGCCCAAAACCAGCCAUCCUGGGGACUACGACGGCCUAUGAUUUGGGUUCCUCUCGAACUUUUGAUCUCAAAUAUGAAAAAAGAUAAUGUCAAUAUUAUAUUCAAAUCACAUUUAGCUGAGGCAAACACAAUGAAUGGAGAUCUAGCACUCUCUGACAAACAACUCGAAGACUUUCUCUUAACACAACACGCUUUGGGUAAAAUCAUGUACUUCAAUCAACCGGAACUUAACAACUUCAUCAUUCUGUAUCCUCCUGCAUUGGUCAACAUCCUGAGGUCAUUUAUUACGGAUGAAAUGUUUUGGCCCGAGGAUGAAACUCUUAGAAACAUCCUUAGAAACAUGACUGAUACUGGAAAGAUAUACAAAAAAGAUCUCCUGAAACUAUGGCAGCAAAAACGAUUCCACACUCACAUACCAGAUGAUGACUUCAAAGAAUUCGUGAUUCAAGUUCUCAUUCAUCUCGAUGUUUUGGUCCUCCCAAAACGAUACUCAGGCAAGAGUGAUGCAUACGUAGAUUAUUAUUUGGUUCCAUGCACAGUAAAAAAGAAGAUGCCGAUGUCAUUUCUAGAUGACAAAUCAUUUGCAAACAGAACACUUUCUUUGGUCUAUCGAUUGCAGCAGUCAUCCAUACCAUCUGCACUUUCCUUCAAACUUAUUGGAGCAGUAAGUGGUAUAUGGCCUAUUAUGGAGUUUAACGGUCGUCCGUUAUUAUACGACUCCUCUGCCGUGUUAUCUGUUGACGGCAAUACCGAGUUCCGAAUGAUUGUCGAGGACACACAGGUUAUUGUCUACCUCACACACAUGUCAUCUAAGUCGUGCAUCUCUCCAGAUAUUGCAGCCAGCAUUCAAGAAUGUCUAACCGCGACUCUAGAAGUUGUUUUAAAAUUCUAUCUCAGCACCAUUGGAAAGAGCCACCAAAUGGCUAAUUUGUCAAAUCUAUUUCAAAUUGAAGUUGGGGAAGUGUGUGGCAGAUCACCCUGCAUGGUAUCCAUUACAAAGGCGAAAUUACAUUCUGAUUGGGUAUGCGACAGCGGAAAUGAACAUUCCUCCAGAUAUCCUUUACUUUGGGUUUUUAAUAAGACACAGGAAGAAUGUCCACCCACUUGUCCAGGUCUUGCAAAAACUAUCUUGCCAACUUCCCCAAGCGAGCAACAUCUGUCAAGAUUUGCCGAUCAGCUUUCCAAUAAUAGUUGUAAAGAGUUGAUGAUUCAUCUUGGUUUACAACUAAAGGAUUGGGAAGAUAUUCAGGACUGCUACAGAGGGAUGUCCCUUAUUAUCAAAAUUAUGGCGUUACAUUCUUGGAAAACAAAAAGGAUAAAGAGAAAGCCGACAAAAUCAUUUGGAAAUUUGCUGGAUGCACUAACAGCCAUUGGCGACAAACGUCAUUUACUUUGCAAGGUGUUCAGAGAAGACACAGAUUUGUUAGAUAUCGCAGAUGUCCGACUACAAGAGGUUCCACAUGAUGAUGUUUUGAAUGGUCUUCCGAAAAAUCUUGGUAACUGCGCAAUACAGCUCGGAAUUGAGCUAGGGAUUACUAUGAGUUCGAUAAAUGAGACAAUGGUACGACAUCACAAGGAUAUGUACGACCAGAUUUCAGAUAUUUUGAGAAAAUGGAAAUCAUCAGGAGAAAUUAAACCUACAAUAUACAGGUUAAUGCUUGCUCUGGAACGUGUAGAUAUUGGAGGAUUGGAUUAUCUAAAGGGUGUAUAUCUAGGACAAUAACUUGUCAGCAAUCUUUUGUAGAAAAAUUAAUGUUAUUCAAUGAUCCUUGUAUUUCAACUUGAGAUGAUAGCGUAUAGAAGCCUAUAUACAUUUUAAGUUUGAGCGUUUAUCAAGGAAACAAUUAACUGAUUUCAAAUAAAAUGUUGUAUAGAACAAAAAUACAAUAUUAUACAAGCAAGAAUAGAUAUAAAUAAACAAGAACAUAAAAAAGAAAAAAAACUGCACUAAAUAUUAUGUUGGAUUUUGGCACAUUGAUAAAUUUUUAUUACCUUUUUCAUCAUGUUUGUUGUUCACACCUAAUGCUUUAGUUACAUAUUCAUCCGCUAUUAUGAGAGGUUUCUUACAAUUAUUUUUCAUCUUGUUUUUUUUUUUUUUUUGCUGUUUAAAUAUUCUUGUAAAUAGCUGUUGCUAUUUGUCAUUAGUGUAACGGUGCGAUUAUUGUUAUUCUAUCAGAUCAACAAAUACGCGAAAUGCAAGCACAUUGAAUUUGCAGAAAACGAAGAUAUAUUGGUAAGGAGUGACAAAACGCUGAAAGGUUUUAACAAUAUUAAGCGGUUAUUGUCAAAACACUCUAUAGUUAUUAUGUCAGAAUUUUUCAAACUGCUAUACUGGAAUGAAAAAUCAAUUUUAACAGAAGCAAGGUUAUUAUUGGUAAUUACGAAAAUGAAAUGGUAACAAAUAUUUGUAACUAUAAGUAUAUCAUUGAUUUAUGAGUUUUUGACAUACGCAGAUUAUUAUACUCGUGGUCAUUCUUAUAAUCAUACCGUUGUAAAUAAGUUUAAUGUUCGUCAGGCGUAAAUGACUUCUCAAACACUUAGUUAAUCUUUUUUCUUUUAAUCCUGAUAAUACGAUUUCAAAGAAUAUUUUUUUUCCAUAACCAUGAUAACAGCGA